AUGCAUCCCGCGGACGUGGCUUACCCUGCAUAUCAAAAGUAUGUGACGGACCUAUACUCUCAUUUCGGUACUCUCGUGGUCGGCCGUUUAUCCGAAUCCUCCGACCAUCGGCCAGAGAGAAACACACGCGUGGCAUUCUCGCAGGAUGUACCAUCUGUAGCUUUAAAUAAAGUUCACUGCACACAAACCCCCAUGUCUUCUGGCGCGCAUCCUACUCGGUCGCCGUCUCCAGCGAAUGAAACGAAACAUUGCGGCCAGAGUGGCACCGAACAAAGACAAACAAAGCAAAAUGGAGCUGUCGGCUGUGCCGUUCGCUCAGCAAGCUAUGUACGAGGCCGCAGAUCCUCUCGUCGAAAUAGCGUCAAACUCUGUUCCGUGAAGACCUUCCUGGAUUUGUCGACAUAUUCAGUCGGCAGAGUACAGAUUGGAAAAAAGGCGCCUGAGCCCGGCCCGCUCCUCCUCCUCUUCCUCUUCUACUCCCGUCUGCAUGAGCACCUGGUGAACGACAGCUGGCGGUCUUCGAAGCGGAUCAGCUCCUUCUUUUCUAGUCCGUAUUCAUUAACGGAAGGCAAAAUUACGAUCAGAGACGCUAAGAAAAUGGCGUUCGAUCUGCUGCUCCACAAGCCGCCGUUCGCACUGUCAAUUCGCCAUGUAGAAGAAGUGUGGGCCUCAGUCGCGCCCCGCCAGGCGCACCUCAACCAUGAUCCGUUCUUAGCAGCGUUGAAUCUAGCCGAGUUCAUUGCAUUCUUUGCUGGACUAGGAGUUCUUGCUGUGACCCGGGCCUCGAUCCCUGGAGUAGCAUCAUACUUCGGCAAGCUUCGCCACUUCAUGCGCAGGUUCUCCAGCGCGAGGGAGGUGAAGAAUCUGUUACUCAAUGCGUACAGGGACACGCACAUCCCCGCUCUUGCUAAGUACCCACUCAAUACGAAAACGGAACUGCCUACGAGGGACCUACUUCUCGCUCUCCCUCAGGGCGAUGUGCGCGCAAUACCAAGUCUGACUCCAGAUCCCGCCGCGUAUGGGUGGCUUCUAGAGAAGUUUGUUUUCGCGAGAGCCAAGCCUGUAUGGCACAGCUUCCAGGGGGCGUUCUUGGACAUGGGAAUCCAGCGGCACAUUCCUUCUUCAGAGCAGCAUGACGUUACACAACGCCCGUACCAUCUCGCGUUGGUGGACACAGUUGCGGCCAGCAAAAAGCACCGUUUUGGAGUGCAAAUUCGGAAUCUCAGUCACUCUCCCGUGACUGUUCAACUGUUUCUACGUAAUCUUGACCCAGUGGAAACCACUAUAAAGCCUAAGACAGUCAUAGUUCCCGGUCAGAAAGUGAUGGUGACGGUGACCGUCAAUUGCAGUCACUCGCCAGGAGAAAGGUUUGGGCUUCUUGUCUUGCGGCUCAUGGCUGGAAAGGAAUUGGAGCAGGUUGUUAAAAUCCCGGUUUAUGUAAAUAUCGCUGACGAAACCAUCCUUAAUUCUGGUGAUACGACCCCGUUACCUCUGCACUCAGCCAGUGACGCCGUAUCGGCUCUAGGAGCGCAACGGCACGUGGCUUUCACGUCGCUCACUGGGCAUCUGCCCCUGCUGGCAAUUCGCCAUGGGGCAAAGGAACUGAGAAAGGCGAUUCAGUACAACCUGCUGAAGCGAGCCGUGCAGCAGCUCAAGAAGAAAGGGAUGCUCGUGGUCGGCCUCGCAGUGCUCUGGGAGGCAGUCCCGUUGGCGAAAGUGACACGAGUGCGAUUGCCGGCACCUACAAACGGAGAGAUGCAAGCACCAGCCCCAGCAGCAACUCAGAUGUCUCCGAUACUUCUGAUGGGACAGAGCAAGCGCCCCUCAAAUCUCGUCGCUCUAUUCGGGAGCUAA